AUGGUCGUUGAACGGUUCGUAGGCAAGCAGCACCAAGCGGUGGCGACAGGAAACGACGAAGCAUUCGUCAGCGGGUAUCCAGCAGCGUCGCAAAGUGACGCCAAGGAAGGAGGCACGAUCCAGCAGACUGGCGAGGCUGGUGACGUCGUGUCGGCGAUUCCGCGACGUCUUUCACUGGGUGCGCAAGGAGCUAAAGCCGGUGCACUAAAUAACAGUGACGCGUUGCCUGCGCCACGGCAGGUCUCUGAGCAAGAACUGCGGAAGGCCCACGGAGCAAUGGAGGAAGUGGCAGAAGAAUCGACCCUUUCUGCGGGAUAUAUCUCGGAUUUGGGUUCAGACGCUCCCGAGGCGGCGGCGGUGGUGCCUGUUCCUACGCCGCCGCUCCCAGUGCAAGCGGCGUCGGUGACGACGCACAAGAAGACCUUUGAGGGCCGUGGGUGGUCGUCGCUUCUCUCCUCAAUGCGCGACACCGUCGAGUGCACGCUGCGGCAUGAAACGUCAAUGGCGACCGGGCUCCCGGGCGAGAGCAUCCGUGUUGUUAGCAUGAGUGUGGAAGGGGAUUCAACACUUCUGACGGGUCUUGCACUGGUCCACGACGCCACCAAAUCGGCGGUGGAUUUGGAUCGCGACCUGAAUCUCUACUCCUUUGAGGGGAUGCAGGAGUUGCUGGAAACGAGGGCAUUGGCGGAGGUGCCUCAACCCAGUGGCCUCGGCGCCUCUAUGCAGGGCACGGCAACAUCCCCCAAUUGCAAAGCCCCUGCUAUUGCAGAUUCUGGUGGCAAGGGUUGUGUGGUGGAGAAAGCUGAGGUGGGCAGCGGUGGUCACGAUGCUCAUGUAAACGCCACAGGUGAGGCCACGAUGAGAGGCGUAUCAGAGCAUCGAAAGAAGAAGUUUCUUGUGAAGAAAGCUACUGGAGAUACGCCCAGGCAGAAGACAGUCAAUUCCCCACGGCAAGGUGGGAAGGCAACGAAGAAGCAGAAUAAAACAUCGCUGAAAGGUGACCCGCCCCACGAAAACAGGCGCGAAAGCGGCUCACGAACGGAGGGGGCCAAUAAUAACUUUGCUUCUCCGAGUAAGACAGCCACACUACUCAAACGGGCAGCCACACCACGUGCAACAAUGGCGUCCACGCCGCGAGGACCAGCCACACCGCGUACAACAGCGGCAGCCACACCGCGUGCAACAAUGGCGUCCACGCCACGAGGACCAGCCACACCUCGUGUAACAACGGUAUCCACGCCAUGUGCAGGCGCAACAACGCCGCGUUUGCAGCGGCUUAGUAUGCGGUAUCUUCCAUUCUCAAGCAGGUUUGUUGCCACAGUGUCGCCUACUGCCGCACAUCUACAAACUCCUAUUCGGCCUUUAGGGUUGCGGCGGGUGUCAGCAACGCCUGAGCGCCACACGCCGCGUCGUCACCUCUCACACCGCAUCUCCCUCUUUCAUGGACGUUCCGUAUCACAGGCAAGAAGUCCCGACACGAUUUACCGUGAAUCUAAGUACGCUGCACAAGUGGAUGACGUGAGUGGAACAAAGCCGUACGGCACUGGUGUCCAGCGCGGAGAGAUACGUUCAAUACCGCCACAGCGCAUUAUUCGUCUGGGGGUUCCGAGCUUUCGGCACACGGCGCACAACAGUGUGGCGCCACGUUCAUUGCUCUCUGCGUUGCAGGCCAGCGAAAAAGCUGACGACAGCGUCGGCAACGGCGGGACACCGUGUGCUUCUCUCGUGUUGCCUCUGGUAGGCAAUAACGACGGUGAACAUGACACGCACAUUGCAGGUGCGGCCCGGUCCACACUGUCUACAGAGGCGCACUCAGAAAGAAAUCAUGCGUUGCUUGAGAAGACGCUUGGGGUCUCGCGUCGAUCGCGGUCUCCGGUGGUUCCCUUGGUAGAGCCCAAGUCUACCUCCUACGCCUACCCCCAGAUGUAG